UCUCCUUUCUUAAGUGAACUGUGCUGUGGUUGGAGUGAACGUCAAUAAUGAGUGGUGCAGCACUGGGCCUUGAGAUAGUAUUUGUCUUUUUUCUGGCCUUAUUCCUACUUCAUCGAUAUGGAGACUUCAAGAAACAGCAUAGGCUGGUGAUCAUAGCAACAUUAUUAGCAUGGUAUCUCUGCUUUCUUAUUGUGUUUAUACUGCCUCUGGAUGUCAGCACGACUAUUUAUAAUCGGUGCAAGCUUGCUGUUAACUCCAGCCCUGCAGAAAGUAAUGGCUCUUACGUUACACUUGCUCCAAGCAAGCAGAAGUGUUUCAAACCAUGGAGUUAUAUUCCUAAUGGAAUUAUGCCAAUUUUCUGGCGUGUUGUAUAUUGGACAUCUCAGUUUUUAACAUGGAUUCUACUACCUUUCAUGCAGUCAUAUGCUAGGUCAGGAGGGUUCUCCAUUACUGGAAAGAUUAAAACUGCAUUGAUUGAGAAUGCAAUCUAUUAUGGCACUUACUUGCUGAUUUUUGGAGCAUUUUUAAUAUAUGUGGCUGUAAACCCAAACUUCAAUUUACAAUGGAACCAGCUUCAGACUAUUGGGAUAGCUGCUGCAAACACUUGGGGUCUGUUUCUUCUUGUGUUGCUUUUGGGUUAUGGUUUGGUGGAAAUUCCCCGUUCUCACUGGAAUGGGGCAAAGAGGGGCUACCUACUCAUGAAGACCUAUUUCAAAGCUGCCAAACUCAUGACUGAAAAAGCAGAUGCAGAGGAGAACUUAGAGGAUAUUAUGGAGGAAGUUCGAAAAGUAAGUGAGAGUAUCAAGUAUAACCACCCAUUGCGAAAAUGUGUUGAUACAAUACUGAAGAAGUGCCCUACUGAGUACCAGGAAAGAAUGGGUAGGAACAUGGAUGAUUAUGAAGAUUUUGAUGAAAGACAAAACAGUUAUCCAAGUGAAAAAAGUUUGGUCAAACUUCACAAGCAGGUGAUCUAUUCAGUGCAGAGACAUCGUCGAACACAGGUGCAGUGGGAAAUUCUUUUAGAGCAAGCCUUUUACCUAGAAGAUGUGGCAAAAAAUGAAACCAGUGCAACUCGACAGUUUGUUCAUACCUUUCGUUCCCGAGAGCCAGAGAAUAAAAUCGUUCAGUAUUUCUACACGCCAACUGUUGAAUGGUACUGGGAAUGUCUUCUACGACCAUGGUUUUACAGGGUGCUUGCAGUUGUUUUGGCCACAUUCUCUGUCAUUGUUGUGUGGUCAGAGUGCACGUUUUUCAGUACAAAACCAGUUUUAUCACUAUUUGCAGUUUUCAUACAGCUGGCAGAAAAGACAUAUAAUUAUAUAUACAUAGAGAUGGCCUGUUUUCUUACCAUCUUUUUCCUGAGUAUCUGUGUUUACUCCACUGUCUUCAGGAUCCGUGUAUUUAACUAUUAUUACUUAGCUUCACAUCAUCAGACAGAUGCAUAUAGUCUCCUUUUCAGUGGCAUGUUAUUUUGUCGUCUUACUCCACCAUUAUGCUUGAACUUUUUAGGCUUGACCCAUAUGGAUGCAACAAUCUCCCACAAAAACACUCAGCCGACUGCUUAUACAUCUAUAAUGGGAUCCAUGAGAGUGCUGUCCUUCAUUGCUGAUGGAUUCUACAUCUAUUACCCGAUGCUUGUUGUCAUUCUCUGUAUUGCCACAUACUUCAGUUUAGGAACACGUUGUUUGAAUCUUUUGGGAUUCCAGCAGUUCAUGGGGGAUAGUGAAAUGACCUCUGAUUUGAUUGAUGAAGGAAAAGAGCUAAUCAGAAGAGAGAAAAGAAAUCGACAGAGGCAAGAAGAAGGUGAAAACAGAAGAAGGGAAUGGAAGGAACGAUAUGGAAAUAGAGAUGAUUCCACUAGGAACAGAGUUGUCCACACAGACCAAAAAGAAUCCAGCUUCUCAGAGACCAAUACCAAUAGGCCACUGUCAAAGUAUACCCGAUCAAAUGGUAGGACUGAAAGAGAUAGAAUAGAACUCCUCCAGGAUGCAGAACCUUUGGAUUUUAACGCCGACGCAAUUAGUGAUGACCCUCUUGAACUGGACUCAGGAAGGUACCAGCCUGGUGGAAGAUACCUGUCAAUGUCUCGAAGCCAAGUAUUUGAUGAUGUCUAAACUCCUCAAAGCUAAGGAAAAUUCAGUGAAAAUCUCUUCCCUGCUCAUUACUGGAAAAAUACUGUA